AGCAGUAGCAGUCACCGCCGCCGCCACCGCCGCCGGGGAACCCUCAGGAAGCGGGUUCGAGCAACCCCCCGGGAAGGAGAGUCGCUGACACGAGGAUCGGCCGCCCGAGCCACCGCCUUCGCCGUCGUGUCCCCUGUCCGCCGCCGCCCAGCCGCCGCCAUUCCCCGCCGCCGGCGAUGUUCGCAAUAAUGCCCAUUGAGGCGGAGGAACGCCGGGAGUUUCGCCGCAAGAUGCGUGCCAAGUGCGAGUUCGUCUGCAAGUACUGCCAGCGGCGGUUCACCAAGCCCUACAACCUCAUGAUCCACGAACGCACGCACAAGGACGACGUCACCUACACGUGCGAGUCGUGCGGGCGCGCCUUCAAGCGCCAGGACUCCUUCAAGCAGCACAGGCCUGUGAGUGGCAUUGAAGACUCCACUUAA